AUGACCGGUAGGGCCGUUGGUAGAUGGCAAUGGCUGGCGGGUACAACCACCAAGGCAACUAGCUACCGACCGACCAAGAAGUACGAGACAAGCUUGAGAAGCUUGAGAAGGGCCAGCGAUUUCCGCAUCCCCGCCGGAGCAGCUCCUCCAUCACCUUAUGUCCAGCUGCCGGCCUAUCAGCCUUCCAACAGCAGUAGCAGCGGCGUCGGCAGCGGUGGCGUCGGCAGCAGCGGGCUACAACCCUAUCCCUCGCAGCAGCCGCCCCCUGUUCCUGUCUUCCCGCUCCCCAGCGGCGGCCCGAUCCAUCAUCAACCCAACGCCGGGUCUGCCGCUAGCAGCGGCGGCAGCGGCGGCGGCGGCGGCGGCGGCGGUGGGGCCCCGGUGCUCCAGAAGCUUCCCUCGGUGGAUAAGACGGCGGCGGCUAACCGGCCCUCCUCCGCCUUUGUCGGCCUUACCAGCAGCUACAGGGUUCAGGUGGAUGACAAGAUCCGCAACGUGCGACCAGAAACUCCCCAGGAGGUACGACAGCACCUGACCCACGUGCAAGCCCUUGCCUUCGCCAAGGAGCCCGAGCUGUUGGCCGACAACAUCAUGACGCUGAAGAGGGAACGUAACGCCCUCGUGGUUGACAAGCAGCUGCUGCUGGUUAACAAGAGGCGGCUGGAGGGGGUGCUGGGGAAGUUGUUGGGCGUGGGGGGGGUUGCGGGUUUGGGUGGGGGGCUGGCGGGGGACCUCUGGGGGGACGUGGAGGGCGGUGGGGCGCGUCCCGGCACACCCGGGGGGGUUACGGGGCGGCGAGCUGGCGGCGGGGGAGCCGGAGAAGGGAUUCCUAUGAAGGCUAAGAUGAUGAAGCAGGGGAACCCGCGGGCCGCCGCGGAAGUCGUCCUGGAUGACAGUCGCGCUCUGGACCAGAAGCUAUCCGCCAGCGGGGCCCCCGGGGGCGGGGGGGCACUGACGGUGGCGGAGGCGGAGGCCAAACUGAACGAGCUUCAAGACAGGAUCACCAAAGUGACGCUCAGACCUGAGACCGAGCGGGAUCAUCUUGUCAGUCGGUUAGAGGGGGAGCUGUCGUACCGUCGUACACAGGCGGCGGCGGUUACUUCUGCGCUUCAGAAGCAGCUCAGUGAGGCGCAGGAGGAGAACAGCAGGCUGCACCAGAAGGUGGAGGAGCUGCAGGGCCAUUUGGAGUUCCAGGUGGGCGAGUUGGGCUCCAAGGUCGCCUCCCUGACCCAGGCGCUCGCGGAGGCCAACCAGAAGAUGAACGGCGAUGCGGCUGCCGCACUGGCGGAUCUGCGGAAGCAGCUGACAGCGGCGGAGGCGGCGGCACAGCAGCAGGCGGCCAGGGUGGCGGAACUGGAACACAUUGUCGUACAACGCGAAAACACUAUCUCGGAGCUGGCGGCGGAGCGGGCCGCUGCCGCCAGGGCGGCGGAGGAGGCGGCGGCGCAGGCGGUGGCGCAAGCGGCGGCACGCGCCGCAGCGGAAGCGGCAACCAAAGCGGCUGCGGAGAUGCGGGAGGUUUUUGCGGAGGAGGCAGUAGCGGCGGCAGCAACGGUGGCGGCGAUGGCGGGGGAGGAGGCAGCGUUGGGGAAGGCGGCAGCGGACACAGAGGCGAAGGCUGUAGCAGAGGCUAGAGCGCUGGCGGAGGCGGAGGCCCGGGCACGGGCGGAUGAGGAGGCUGCAGCGGCAGUCGCCGCCGCGGCGGCCGCGGCGGCGCUGGCGGCGGCGCUGGCGGAGACCUCAGCGACUGAGGCGGAGAUUACGACAGCGGCGGUAGCGGCGAAGGAGGCUGAGGAGCAGGCCCUGGAAGCUGCCGUACUGGCACAUGCCCGGGAGGCAGCGACAGAGGAGGCGCAGGCGGCGGCGAUGAAUAUUGCCGUUGCGGUGGCGACUGGGGAGGCUGUGGUACAGUUUGUUGAGGAGUUGGCUGCUCUGAGGCGAGCUGAGGCCGAGGCGGCACGAGCAGCUGAGCUGGCGGCGGCCGCGGCAAGGGUGGCAGCGGCGGAAGCGGCAGCGGCGGAAGCGGAAGCCAGGGCAGCGGCGGCGGAGGCAAGGGCGGCGGCGUCUGCCGCGGCCGCGACCGCCGGAGCGGAUGGCAAGGUAGCGGAGGCGGAAGCUAAAGCUGUGGAAGCCGAGGCAAAGGCGGCCGCGGCCGAGGCUCGCGCGAUGGCGGCGGAGGCGGAGGCGAAGGCAGCGGCAGCGGAGGCGACGGCAGCGGAGGCGAAGCUGCGGGAGGCUGUGUCGGCGGCGGAGGCGGCGGCGGCUCAGGAGAUUAAGGCAAAGGAGGCGCAGAUGGAGAAGCUGAAAGCGACGUUGGAGGCUGCGCUGACGGCAGCCAACACGGACAAGGCCUUGAUGCGGGGUAAGGUGGCGGAGGUAGAGGCGGCGCUGGAGUCCAGAAGCGCCCGAGUGCGUGAGCUUGAGCAGCAGGUUAUGGGCUUGGAACGCGAGUGUGCGGAUCUGAAGGCCCUCAUGUCGAAGCGCAAGGGGCUCUGCUGA